CUCGACAGAUUACUGGACAGGCUCCGAUUACGGCUCAACUUGAACUUGAUAAACUCUAUUAGACUACAUUCUUAUUGUCUCGACUUACUCUAUUAUAACAGUAUGGGUAUCUGGAAACAGAUAGUCAGAUUUCUUCAUCUAGGGCGAUCUUCUUCUCGUCGACCCCAUCUUCUCGAACAGCUACCUUCUCCUCAGACGAAUCCUCCCAACCAACCAAGCCCUCCUCCUCUAGGCCGGCUUACGAUCCCCACAGAAAUCAUCCUAAUGAUUACAAAAAAACUUGACAAGCCUUCACUCCUAUGCUUUGCCUUGACUUGUCAAACGCUCAAACGUUAUUGUUUCCCCAAGUCUCUAAAUCUGUCUUCCUCGGAGCAAACCGAGUUCCUGCUUCUCUUAGAAAAGGAUGCAGCCAAAUAUUAUUUUUGCCAUUUUUGUGUCAAACUUCAUCCAUGGUAUGCCUGCUGGUUUGAUCAUUCUCAAAACUUGAGCAGGGACUUCUACACCAAAAUUGGAGACCACUGUAGAAUGAUGAAUUGGUUUCACCAUUUUUCACUCAGUAUUCCUUAUCCCCUUGCCCGGGUUGUCAUGAAUCGGCAUUUUUAUGGCGCAUCCCACGGCGUCUGUGUCGAUAAACUAGCGCAUCGUGACCAACUGACACAUUCAAGCUGCUGCUGGACAAGCUCUAGAGACUGGGAAGCUCGAAUUAUCGACGAUCAAAUGAUGUUAUCAUCAACCAUUACUUUGGGUCCUUUACGAGACUCUGAGGGACUCAGAACGGUUAUCAAAACGGGAUCACUUUCUUUAUGUCGUCAUUUAACAGCCGAAGUGUUGUUCCCUCAUCAUCAGAUUCCCACGCAGGUUAUACUUGGCUCUCAGCCAGACCACUUCGCCCAACGUCUUCAAUCAGUCAAUUCCUGCCCUAUAUGCAUGACAGACUAUUGCAUCGACAUAAAUUGGAAGGGAAAUGGUUGGACAAUUGAAAUCAUUACAUAUCAUAUGCUAGGAGGUAUCCGAUCGCCAUGGGAUUGGACUUGGCUUGCCAUGGCUUAUUUUCCUGACAAGGCCGUCAAGAUACCCCGACACAAACAGCCAUCAGGACAUCAGCCAGGGAUCGUGAGACAUAUGUGGAGCAAAUUGGAUGAUCAUACAUUUCAUCCCAAGGGAGAAUGGGUAGCACAACUUGAAGGUCUUAAUUGUUUACGGUUUGCUGUAGAACGCACCAAGUCAACAGGUUGACUCUGAAGAAUGCAUUCUAUACUUUCUC